AGUGCGCAUGCGUCCGUAGUGUCAGAUGGUCGAGUGAAUUAUUUCACUCUCUGAAUAACCUAAAAAUAAAAAUAGUGUUAAAUAACUCAUACAAAAUGGCUUUUGGGUCUUUAGAGAAAUUAGGAUUAGCUUUGCUUAUCGGUUUUGUGUUCUAUAUUGUUAAAUGUAUCGUUAAUUUGGUUUAUACGUUUAUCAUUGGACCGGCAAUCAAUAAAGUUGACUUCAAGUCAAAGGGAAAGUGGGCAUUGGUAACGGGAAGCACUGAUGGAAUUGGGAAGGAGUAUGCAAGACAGAUUGCUGCCUACGGCUGUGAUAUAGUUCUAGUCAGUCGGUCCAUGGAUAAGUUAAAGGCUGUUGCUUCUGAAAUUGAGAAUGAAUUUAAGGUGAACACUAAAAUAAUACAAGCAGAUUUCAGUGAAGAGGGAAUUUACGAAAACAUCGCAAAAGAAAUAUCUGGUCUAGAAAUAGGAACUCUUGUGAAUAAUGUUGGCAUUUCCUAUACAUAUCCUGAAUACUUUAACGAGAUACCGGAAUGGGAGAAAACUGUAUCCUCUAUAGUCAAAGCCAACGUUGUUUCCGUAACUCGCAUGACUAGAAUCAUUCUCCCAGAAAUGGAGAAGCGUGGCAAAGGUGUUAUCAUCAACAUCGGCUCUGCGUCGUCUAUCAUACCUAGCCCUCUUCUGUCGGUGUACGCUGCGACGAAGGCCUACGUCGACAAGUUCACCGAGGGCUUGGAAAUGGAAUACAGUAAAAAGGGUCUUAUUGUGCAGUGCGUGCUGCCAGGGUUUGUCUGCUCAAACAUGACUAAAAUCCGCCGCAGCACGUUGCUCGCACCAACUCCAAAAGCCUUCGUUAAGUCAGCUCUCAGCCUUGUUGGAACCACAUCGCAUACGACAGGAUAUUUCCCUCACGCUAUCUUCGUUAACACUGUCAACACAAUAUACUCAACGUUUAAUGGAUUUGGCGUGUGGCUGGUCACAAGGUCAUUGGAGAACAGCAGGAGGAAGUAUUUGAAAAAGAAGCAAAAGAGCCUAGCGUGAUCAAGGGUAUUAGCGUAAUUUUAUUAUGAUAGCGAAUUAAAGAAGAUUAUAACAAGGAGAUUACAUGGAGAUUUUUAUAUUUACUUACAUAUAAUAAAAUGUUAUAGUUAAAAUAAAUUUAUUUAUAUU